UUUUGAUUGUGGACAAUCGACAACAUUGAUGCGACCUAAUACCUGUAUUUGCUUCUAGUUAGGAACGCUCCUUUCCCUUUCUCAACCGCACACUCUCCCCACCCAUCUCCUUCCUUACAGUUGCUGACGACUUCUCUCUUGUCCUCUCUAUCCCUCUCCAGAAAGCUGCGCGAUCUUGACAUUCCCAUCUGCACAUCAAACAAUAAUAUUCUCAAACUGGAUAGAAGUAGCAUAGCUUGCACUCCCAUCACCAAGCCUUGAGCCGGCUUAAUCCGAUUCAGACCUAGCGGACACUAAAUGCUACUUGCAGACAUGCCUGGAGGAGAUAUCAUGAUGCUUCGUGGCAACCGUGGGACGGACGUCCAUGACCGACGGCCUGGGCUUGACAAACGUGCUGACUCCACCGCUAGCAUUGGUGGGAUUGGGUCAUUAAACAUCAGCAGCCCCACCUCUACGUUCACCAAUCUCCUCGUCGACAGCUCGGCAGGGACCUCAUCAAAAACUAUUACCUCUCCCUCGGAUACCGCCACUGCUAACCAAGGCUCUUCCACAUCCGCGACAUCCAGGACUUCCAGGACUUCCAACCCUGCACCCUCCACAGCUACUCCGGGAAAGAGUAUUUCGGACACCUCGCCAUCCUGGAUCUCCGAGCACAAACUAACGCUGGCUGGCAUCAUCGCGGCCUUCCUGGCACUCGCCAUUGCCAUUGCGUUUGUAAUCAUCACUCUUUGUCGUCGAGCGAAGAGGCGACGGACGGAGGAAGAAAAGGCCCGACAGAGUUUUUUCGCUGGCGCAGAGAGUACCCUAUAUACAGGGACAGCUAAAACCAAAAAAGCGUUAUCCCGCGGCAACAGUGUGAAUACACCCUCCGCCCUCGAGAUGAGCACGUUCGGGUUCCCCGUACCCAGUGCCGGAAACCCUGGCCCCCAAGGGAAGUUUGCCGUUUCGGCUGGGGAACCCAGUUUGAAGUCGAACCGCUCGGUGGCCGCAGAGGGUUCCAGCUUCACAGGGGUCGACAGACCACCCAGCAUCGCGCCAAGUAUCCCCCCUCCCCCAACGUCAUCCCCAUUCAUGUUCCUCACAGAAGCGUUCAAAGCGACUUCCGAUGAAUCCGUUGAUUACUUCGAGCCAAGCGCAAGCAUACGGCGGGACUUGGAGCCGCCUACUUUCACCCGGUUGCGUCCUGGACCCGAACACUCGCCACAGAGCGAGUCCAUCAUUGUAGGGGCCUCAGGGUUCGGCAGUGAUUCCAUUUCAUCAAAUGGGACACCUGUACGAUCAUAUGCCCCAAGCGCCAGAUCGGAUGUGGCCCUGAUAGAAGGGACAGCUUUCCCCCGUCCACCGCCAUCUCCUCAAACUAAUCACAUGUCAACACACACUACCCUUUAUUCCCCAACUUCACCACAACGUCCUUCUUUCGAUACCACCUCCACCUCCACCAAAUCCGCCCCCCAAACCUUGAAAUCAUCCUCGUCGCUCGUACAUAAGUCCUCGAAAACAGAGAGAAAGCGAAAUAUACGGGCGCUGGAAAAUCUUAUUGCCGCGCUGGACGACGCGGCGAGUGAAGGUGGGAGCAUCAGUCUCACCGAUGCGUCUUUGGGUCAGCCGCCCGUGGAACAAGCACUGGGGUAAAGUCGCCCGGUGGUACGCGCCUUCCAGAUGCGAGCAUGUGGAAGGCUGCGCUGGGACCUCCUGGCCUUCGUACCGAUUAACCAGACGUUGUCGGUCACCAAGGAUUCAUUCUUGUCUAGAUUCUUGCUCUUCCACAAUUUCGUGUGUAAUGUAUUUUGCUUUAUCUUGUUUUUAUUCCUUUCCUUUUAUUCAGUUCAAGGCUGCCCUUACCCGUUCAUUCCUUAUCUUCGAGAAGCUCCUCGAAUCCUUUCUAACACACGCACCUCUACGUCCGAAUUCACUAAUGGCUGGCUCGCCACGUCUCCCCUCGCUAUUUCCCGCAACCUCCGCAACCCCCU